AUGCUCGACCUGCCGCUGGCGCCGUUGUCUCUGUCACCGUCUGCCCCUCACGCGCGCCCGUCGUCGCUGCUGCGCUCCCCGCUCCUCGCUCUCAACCCCGUCUUCCCCUCUUCGCCCCGUCUGUCUCUGUCGGACCGCACCCCUAGCACCCCUCCCCCGAGCCCCGCCCUCAACCGCCCCACGCACGUCCAGAGAGUAGCGCGCGCUACGCGCGAGUUCAGGGACGUGUGGAUCGUCCCGGAGUGAUCUGUCCUGUUCCGCCCCCCUCAAUCGCUUGCCACCCCGUCUGCCGCCUCACUUCAUGUCGCACGACUGGUGCUUGCUUCCUCCUGCCGCUUUGGGAUCCCUGUAUUUUGUCUGCUACCUUUUCCAUGUCUGCUGCUGUGGUGCUCUCACUCGUACCGUACUCUCUGCACUGUAGUUGCUAGUCUCAAUUAAAUAUUUCUUCGAACGUGUUGGAAACACUGAAAAUCGUGU